AUGCAAACGAGUCCAUCGAAUGCCGGGAAGAGGCUGUUAUCCGCAGAACGGGCUAGUGCAGCGAACCUAUCCAAUAAUUUCAAAAACCAGGUCUCCCUCAUCGAACCGAGAGCAUCUUUAGCUCAGUAUACCCUCUACGUACAGCUCGAUUGGCUUACUUCCCGUGACCAUAUCGCAAAGACCUUCCUAUGCUAUACUGGAGAUCCAUCACAAACUGUAAAAGUAGCAAUUCUGCAGUUUGGACCGACAGCUGGUGAUUUGGGCGUAGUUCAACGGAUCUUUAGUGAAUAUGAAAGGGAUGGAUUGCAAUAUGGUAUUGUCAUGAAGCGGACACCGCUGGGUAUUGCUGUAUGUGGAUCUGUUGAAACGUUUGGAUCAGCGGCUGUACAAUGUGUUGCACUACCAGAUGGUGACUUUGAAGCUAAUGUGGAGAAUUUAUAUGUAAACGUGAAUCUCCGUCGCUUUAGUUGUGGGGAACGAACUAUUCUCACCUGUAGACCCCCGACACAAGUUAUUGCUGACAAGUUCUUUCAGCUUUAUUCGAUUGAUCCGUCAGCUACACCUAUAAACGCUGCUGUUAUUACCCUAGCAAGAACAGUGCAACGAGCCCUCUUCUUUCUCGGUAUGCUGAAAGACGAGAGGUGGCUAGACGGACUUGUGUGUGACAUGACAAUACGAGCUCUUCAACAAUUCCACCAUGAAAUGGGUCAAGUCGACGAAUAUUAUGUUGAAGAAGGCCGAUGGUGUGAUCCAGCUCUACUCUCGGCUGUUUUGGGCGCAAUGGCUCGUCUGAGAUAUAAAUUGAAUACAGGAGCUGGAGUCAAUACUCGAGAUCCAUAUCUAGAACCCAUGGCAUUUCGAAAUCAAUUGGAAGCAUUUCAGAGACAACAUGGAUUGCCGUUGUCUGGAUUGCUAGACGAAGCUACUCGACAUCGUAUAGAUACUCUGGCUGCUGCUAAAGCUGCAGUGCAGCCACCGGCGUUUGUGGCUCCUGUGGUCGAUGUUCUCCACAAGCUAGAAGAUAUAACAGGUUUACCCACUGGUUUAAACAGGCCCCAGAAACCCUCUCAUAGACGUAACCUGUCUCUCCAAGAUGGCGGUAAAGAUAUUCUAGCAGCUGCUGGUAACAAUGAAUGGGACAAUGAUAUCAAUCAAAUCGUACAGUAUGUUUACACCGGUAUACCUUCGAAAUCUUCUCGCAAAAUCGAGAAAGUACGCAAGAAAGAAAAGCAAAAGGAGCGUGAAGAACGAGAUCGACAGCAUCCAGCUGAACGACCACAGACCCCUGGUGGUCUAGUUGCUUCGGCGAUUCUCACUAGUGCUGUUACAGAUUCGCCCAACUCGUCUACUAGUAUGGCAGCUAGUGAAUCCACCACACAAGGGACAGCAGAUACACCUGUUGCAAAACGAUGGGAUAAUAAUAGUAGCAAAGACCCUCGUCGAACUGAAACCAUGUCUACCAUGGCAACCACCGCUUCAUCUUACUCGGCUGGUCAGCAUCACAAACAUGCCGUGAAUCGCGGUGACACGUCUAGCAGUCUCACUACUCAAACCGGUAUAUCUGUCGUCACUGAUCCUAUAUCUGAUGGAGAAGAAAAUCCGUCCUUCUCAUCGAAAGGAGCCGCUGCACUACGAGCUCCAGCAAAGAUGGCUGUAGGAGUAGUUAGAAAUGCCAGAAAUGCAGUCAAGAAUGUACGAUCAAAUACUGCAAAACUGUUGGCGGGAAAUAAUUCCGGUACAGAAAUCGGUGAUAAUGCCUUAGCAGACGGUGGACUUGGUGAAAACAACAGUAGCAACAGCCAACCCAGUAAUUCCAGUAACAGUAAUAGUAACGUCAAGCACCACCAUCAUCGAGGUCCAUCACCUGUAAAGCGUCUACAGCACGCCCUGGCUGAUUCAGCUACCAAACUGACCAUGUCUGAGGAAGUGUUGCAUCAAAUCCAAGCACUUCGCCCGCAUCGGUCAGCUCGACGACCACUCAGAAGGACACGAUCACUAGAUGAAAUAAAUCCAGCUGUAAUAUAUGCUGGCGAGUAUGUACCUGAAAAGGAUGAACCAACUAUACCGAUACCACCUCGACCUAAACCGCCAGCUCUUCCAGCCAGGCCUUCAGCACUACCUAUAGCUGCUCCAGAUCUACCCAUGGCAUCGCCGCCUGAAAGUGAUACGAAACCGUCGAGACAACGUAGUGUCAUAUCCGUCUCAUCAGUACGAGAAUUCCGUCGUAUCGUCACAGCUCUACGUAAAAAGACGGAUUCAUUAUCUAAUGCCGUGACGAAUGACUUGACACCACUCCACACAGAGGCCACCACGAAAUUUACAUCUAUCGAGAGCUCAUUAAAUUCCCGUGUCGCAAAUCUAGGUCUAGCUCAAUCAGCCGCUAAAGAUGUCAACAAGAUGAUUGAUAGGCUGACUCGAGAAAAGCUAGAAUCAACUCGUGGCGGACUCGAAGAAAGGAAACGUAAAGUUGCUUUUGGAUUGAGUCUUCUGGAAGAUCGGCAUAGAGAAGCUCAGGGUUUAGCAUUGGCUUUUGAUAAACAGGUCAAAUCUCUAGAGUUACGACUUGCUCAGGAUGAUACUGUGAAUGUUGAGACGGCUAAUAGCAGUAGUUCAGCAGGAGGUGGAGCUGGAGCUGGUACAGGUGCAGGACCUGGUAUCAAAGUUAUUGACUUUAAACCUAAACGACCUGGAAUGGAAGGGGUACCUACCUUAACUGUGUCGAAUAUGCCAGCCCCGAGUAAAUUGCCAUCAUGA